GCGCUUCGGUGAACCCAUCGGCGAGCGGGCACGAUGCCGCGAAGUCAGUUUCGGGUGUUUGAGGAUGGGGGGGAGGACGAGAAUCGGAAGGCGCAGAAGAAGUGUUGCAUGUACAAGUACAUCCGCGUGGGACAGAGUCUCGGCGAGAGAUUCCGCGGCAAUCGCAUAUUGAAGUGCGUUUUCUGCGGCCACAAUUUCAAGGGCAACCAGUUCGUGGCGGCGCGCCAUUUCCGCCAGGGCAAGGGAUGUCCGAAAGUGACCGACGAGGCACUUGUCGACAUCCACUGCAACAGUGAGUACAAGAUGUCCGACAAGUUCCUAGAGCGGAUGCAGCGAUUUGAGGAGCUUCACGGUGAGGCGCCUGCGAUGGAUCCGCGACGGGACGAGGGGGGGGAGGGAGAGAUGAGGGACGAGGAGGAGCAGAUCGACGUGGAUGACGACGCUGAGGAGGUUGCACGGGCAGGGUCGUCAGGGAGGGAGCGAGGGAAGGGCGUUGUCAGCGAGACGGGGGGGCUGCAGGGCCAGUACUUUGCGUCGGCACACGUGUCUGUUCAUACACGGGCAGGUGCGGACACGGCUGAGUCAGCGCCUGACGUUCAACGUCUUCCGGAGCGAGACGUGGUUGGACGUCGUCCGGUAGUGAAGGUGUUGUGGCCUUCAAAGAAUGAGAUCGCGGACAUAGAGACCAUUGUCCACACGGCGGACGAUGUGGGAGCUGAUCUCGCGGAGGUCAAGGCUCCUUUCUAUGUCACGGGGGCCACCGUUAUGUCAGACGGAAGGAAGUCACGCGAUGCUAGACCCAUUGUUAACUUCCUUGCCGGCGGGUCGCGUGGGGUGAUGCUCGUCCGGACGAUGAACAUGGAGGAUGAGCGGGAUCGGGCUCCUGAUGUGUUGGCGCGCUGGAUCAAGGUGUUCGAUGACUUCUCCCCUAAGUGGGUGAACGCCAUCUGCACCGACUCCGCCUCGGCGUACGUCGCCGUGGCGAACAUGCUCCAGGGGCCCCAGCAGAGGCCAGAGCAUCGACGGAUCACGUGGCUCCCAUGCGCAGUGCAUGUCUGCAACAAGAUGUUGUCAGACAUUGGCUGUUCAGGCCCGUGGUCCAAGGGCAUCAUCGUGAGGGGGAGAGCGGUGGUGCGCUUCAUUAAGGAGCACAACGCCGCUCUCCAUAUCUUCCGGGGGAAGAGCGGUCAGAUGGGCCUCAUCUAUCCUUGCGAGACACGUUUUGCAUCCGUGUUCGCGAUGGUGGAGCGUUUGCUGGCAGUGAGGUCAGCUUUGGAGAGGACGGUGGAUGGCGAUACUUGGGGUAUGGUCCCUUGGGACCAUUCCGUUCGUCAUUUGGUUAGGUGGGUCAGGUGGCAGGUGCGACAUGGCAGUUGGUGGGAUUCCAUGGGCAUCUUGUUCCGUAUCAUGGAGCCUGUGUACGACCUGCUGCGCAGUUUGGACCGCGGAGGGCUGCAUAUGUUGUGGGUGGUUGAGUGGACACAGGAUCUGGCCCGCCAGGUAGCAGAGGAGGUUUGUGCACUUCGGGCAGAUCUUGCACACUGCAUUGUGCAGAGGGUGCACGCUCAAUGCGCUCACAUGCUGGAGCCGGCGCAYGCCGCUGCUCACCUUCUUUGUCCCAACCGGCGGGACUUGCGGUACUUCAAGGGCGAGGUCAGCGACUACGACGCGAGCUUGGUGAGGGAGGCGGAGACUUACAUCUUGUCGCAGACAGGGUUCAGUCUGGCGAGCCGCGACUACGAGACCGCAUGUGCGCAAGCUCCUCCGGGUGAUGUGGGCGAUGUUUUUGGGACUCGAGCCGCCACAUUGCACCCGUACCCUCGAGACGACAGUGAUUCUGAGGGUCACGAGGACGAGGACAAGCCGACGGGCCCCGCUACCGCCACUCCUGCGGCGGAUGAGCGUGAUGAAUGGAGUGACCCAGAGGACGUCCGUAGACGGAGUGGCGGAGAUGACCUUUUCCUUCGAGUUGAUUUGGAGGAGGAGUAUGGGGGUCGUCAUGGGAGCCCUUUAGAGCGUCCGAGGCCUACGUCCGUUGAGCGCGAAAGAGAUCCAGGGUCUGCACCUUCGAGGGGGGCAGAGUCGGGGAUUGGCCAUCAUCCUUUGGGUCGCUCUGGCACGGCAUCAUCCACCGCUCUUCCCACUUCGACGGAGCAGCUUCAUCGACAGCCAGCCGGUGCAGAUCGAUUGCAGAGAUUGGGUGACGACAGAGACACACAGGGGUUGGUUGGUGGAGAUGGUGGUGCGUUGGCCGGAGGUGGAGGCGGUGCCGAGGUUGAUGCGGCGGUUGAGGGGAUAACGACGGGCGGCGGAGGCGGUUUCAGUGAGUUUGGUGACUUGGGUAUGCCCCCGGGAGAGAGCGUGGGUCUGGCCCGAGGAGAGAGCGAGUCCCGUGGGGACAUCGGUGUGGGUAUGCAGGACUUACUGGGACAGAUCAGCUUCGCGGGUCCGAGUAGUUUCUCCCCUGCCAUGCGCGCAGAGAUGAUGUUGGGGGCAGAGGGGGAUGAGGAACGGACACCCCCUGGAGAGACAUCCGCAGAGAGGCUGGAUAGGCUUGAUAGUCGUCGAGCUUGCCUCAUGGCACAAAGGGACCCCAGGACGCAGGAGCUCGCCCGUCUUCCGGCGGAGGACCGACGGAGGCAGCUGGGGACAUUCACGCCGGCGUCCGUUGACGUGGGGCCAGCUGCCCACACCGAUCGUCCGGCAGAGGAGCCACGUUCGGAGCCGGCGCAGCCUCCUGCCGUCCAGCUGAGGCCCGAGGAGACAUUGCAGGAGGUCGCGGGCGUGCCUCUGCCCGUGGGUUCAGUUGAGGGUGCCGUGCAUAUGUCCCCGGGUCUGGAGGACAUACAGACGGGGCAGUCAGUGGGCGUUGAUGAUAUUCGCCCAUCGGCACAGGCGGAGGGGAUAGCGCCGACCACCGGGGGGGACGGGGCCGUAGAGGGGGUCGUUGGUGUUGGCAGGUCGGGGGUGUCGUCCGCGGCCGAUCCGAUGUCCACGUCUGGCGGGGGAGACCCCGCACAGGUGGACAGUCGUGACGCGGACAGACAGGAGAUGCCACAGACUUUGGUGGUUCGCACUGCUGUGGGGCCAGUGGUGCCACAUCAGGCACCGUUUUUGGAGGGUUAUAGGCGUCCUUCACAUGGCGGUGGCCCAGUCGAGGAGCGAUGUGUAGGCAGGGGCGCGUGCAUACCCCCGGUCCCUACUUUUACGCCGUCACGGACGAGGUCGAAGAUCAGGCAUGUGGCUACGCCUCGGGGCAGCCUCCCUUUUGGUUUUAUGACCGCUGAGGAGUUGGAGGACCACAGCAGGAGGGAUUUGACGGAGAUCGGCCAGCGUGUUUUGAGGUCAGUCCCGGAGGAGGGGAAGUUGCCUCGCGUGCAGGACUUAUCUUGGGAGCCAGCCAGCCCCAGCUUACCUUCUGGGUGUUCCAUCGCAGCGCCAUCUGGCGGGGCUGCAAGGGACUUACCUUCUGGAGGUUCCGUCGCAGCGGCAUCUGGCGGGCCCGCAGCGGACUUACCUUCUGGAGGUUCGGUCGCAGCACCAUCUGGAGGCGCCGCAGGCCCUUCGUCACCAUUGACCGCAACUCCCAGGGAGGGCGGCAGUCUCACCUCGAGGUCGGUUGCCCGUAGACGGAGAGACACUACCCAGCGUGCGCGGGAGUUGCUGGACACCAUGUUGUUCGGUCGCACUGAUCGACCAUGGAGUGAGACGAGACGGGUAACGAUGGCGAGUGUCGGUCGUCACCCUUUGAGAGGGGUUUCCACGAGCGCGAGACGCCGAGAUGUUGUAGCUUCAGGGUUUGGCGGUAGAGGGGGCGGCGGCGGUGGCAGUGGUGGCGACGACGACGGUCGAUGUGAGGGCGCAUGCGGUGCCACGACGAGCGCAGUGGAUCCGCCGCGGACGUACGGUUUGAGAGAAGCGUCGAUUAUUUUGGAGGAGCCUGAUGUUGUUACACGACUGAGGCCGGCCCGACACGUACCCUUAGAUCGACGCCAGGAGGGGGAGACUUCAGGGACAGACGGUCUACCUAUGGCACGCGAUUCACACUGACGUGAUGACCUAGCAGCAGCAGCCAUCAGGACGGUGAAAGGCAGGAAAGUCAUUAUGGACGACGAUCCCGACGAGCUUCCCAUCGCUCCCGAGCCUUUUGCCG